AGAAGAAGAAGAAGAAGAAGAAGAAGAAGAAGAAGAAGAGGAAAGGAAGAGAGGAAAAAAAACAGAAACACUGGAUCACAUGACCGCCUCCAUUAUUUCCUGCAGCAGCAGCAGCCUCUCCGCUACUCGCCCCUGCCUGCCUGCCUGCCUGCCUGCGACAGCCCAGCAGUGGUGUGGUCUCUUUGAACGCACAUUGACGGAAAGAAAAAACACUCCAUACGUAGUGAAGGCCUCUGCCACACUGAAAGCCCUGUUUCAGUCACAGCGACGACGGAUAUAAACACACAUACUUACGAAUAUACAUCUUUUCUAAUCGCAGUUGCUCUUUUUUUUUUUUAUUUAAAUUUGAUAGCGUUGUGAAAAGCCAGUCCUUAUAAUGGCGACAGCUGCGGUGUCUGCCCCUGCUGGCUGCGGCCCCAGCCCGGGGACGGGAACGGAGCUGGUCCGCGGGCAGGCCUUCGACGUCGGGCCUCGGUACAGCAACCUCUCCUACAUCGGGGAAGGUGCCUACGGGAUGGUGUGCUCUGCCUAUGACCGGGACAACAAGAUACGUGUGGCCAUUAAGAAGAUCAGUCCAUUUGAGCACCAGACGUACUGCCAACGCACCCUGAGAGAGAUCAAAAUCCUGCUGCGCUUCAAACAUGAGAACAUCAUCGGAAUCAACGACAUCAUCCGCACACCAACCAUUGACCAGAUGAAGGAUGUAUAUAUUGUCCAGGAUCUCAUGGAGACAGACCUGUACAAGCUCCUGAAGACUCAACACCUGAGCAAUGAUCAUAUCUGCUACUUCCUCUACCAGAUCCUACGAGGGCUCAAGUACAUCCAUUCUGCCAACGUCCUGCACCGUGACCUGAAGCCUUCCAACCUCCUGCUCAACACCACCUGUGAUCUCAAGAUCUGUGAUUUUGGUUUGGCUCGUGUGGCUGAUCCUGACCAUGAUCACACUGGUUUCCUGACAGAGUAUGUAGCCACUCGUUGGUACCGAGCACCUGAGAUCAUGCUCAACUCUAAGGGCUAUACCAAGUCCAUAGACAUCUGGUCAGUGGGUUGCAUCCUGGCUGAGAUGUUGUCCAACAGACCAAUUUUUCCCGGGAAGCACUACUUGGAUCAGCUUAACCACAUUUUGGGGAUCCUGGGUUCUCCCUCUCAGGAGGAUCUCAACUGCAUCAUCAACAUCAAGGCCAGGAACUAUCUUUUGUCGUUGCCUUUGCGCUGCAAAGUGCCGUGGAAUCGCCUCUUCCCCAAUGCUGAUCCCAAAGCGCUGGACCUGUUGGACAAGAUGUUGACCUUUAACCCUCACAAGAGGAUUGAGGUGGAGGAGGCCCUGGCGCAUCCCUACCUGGAGCAAUAUUACGACCCCACAGAUGAGCCUGUCGCUGAGGCCCCGUUCAAGUUUGACAUGGAGCUGGAUGACCUACCCAAAGAGACACUGAAGGAGCUCAUCUUUGAAGAAACUGCACGUUUCCAGCCUGGCUUUAGGUCUUAACAUCUCACACAGAUGAUUCUGUGGACUGGCUUCUGCGUUUGCCACUGCUCCUCCCCGCCUCCACACUGUUGCUGUGAUAGGGUUUUUUUUUGUUGUUGUUGUUGUUGUUGUGAGUGUUGAUUUUCUUUUUCUUUUUUUUUCCUCUCCUGUUGUCCACAUCACCUGGAUUCCUUGGGUCUCACUCGUCAAGUCCACUUUGCUCAGGAAUGGCGUCAGGAAUCAAUCAAUCAAUCUCAUCCUUUCUCUUUCUCUCUUUCUCUCUCUCUCUUUCUCGCUCUCUCGCUCUGAGGUGAGGAGUCAGGGGAAGGGGGAGGUCAUGUCACAGCUUACAGUUUGGGGGUGGUUUUGUGUUUCAAGCCAAGAUAAACAAUUUUUUUGUGUCUAAAAAGGCGUUUGGCUCUGGCUAUUCCUAUUCAAGACCUUUCAUGUCCAGUUGAAUAACAGUGAUAGACUAGCUGUUGUGGUUUUUGGUGCAGCUGUUGUGGUUAUAACUCUGCCUACAUUGCACAAACAACGAUAGAUUACUUAUAAGAAUCAUCCAUCACAAAUAAGGUCUUUUGAAUUUUCUAACCUUUGUCGCACUGUUACAAGGGAUACCUUGAACUUUAUCUUUUUUCUCUUUCUCUUUAUCUCUUUGGGGGAAAAAAAGAAGAAAAACCUGAAUUCAAUCAACUGAUUUAUGCAAUGAAAUCACAUAAUCAGCCAGAGACUUUGCAGGCCACAAGCCAUCACUUGGUGUUGAUGAGGAUCUGUAUUUUAACAAAGACCUUGUAUUUUAAUGCUUACACACACACACACACACACACACACACAAACAGCACAACUGGCCCAAAUGCAAAUAUAUACAUAAAUAUAAGUAUAUAAAUAUAUAUAUGUAUAGUCCAAAGAGUCUUAAGAUAUUUUAAUUGCAAGGGUGAUGGUGAUGAUAGAAGGUGAAUCAGAUGAAUUUCUAAUCCUUUCAUUACAAACAAAAAGUUUUCAUUCCUCAUCUUCUAAAUGCACCAAAUAACAGAUGCAUUGAAAGGUUUCAUCAACUUCUGCCUUAGCCAUGAGAAACUAAAGGAAACGUCUGUUUAUUUCACACAAGUCUGUAUGUACAGUACGAUACUUUUCAGUGUCAGGACAAGAAUUCAGUUACCGCACAGAACUCGUUUUCGUCUGGAGGAUGUGUUGUCGUGCCUCCCUCUUUGUCCUGUUUCAUGUUUUCCUUUCUCUUCUUCAGUCUCCGUUGAUCUCUCUCUUUUGCCUUGUUAGAAUAAUACUGUGCCCUUUGCAUGACUGUUAUAAGCUCUGUAUACAAAGACAACGAUGUUAAGUGCCACACAAGCCGGGCAGACCCACCAGGUGAGCGCCCAGGCCUUUUCUGGUCCACCUUUUUGUGGUAUAUCGCACUUCCUAAUCACAUGGUGCUUUUCGUCCUGUUUCUUUAUUUUGCUCCACCCUUCUUUCGUCUCUUUUUAUUUGGUUUCCAUCAUUGCUAAAGUCUACAGAUUUAAGUCUCUUCGUUUCCAUCUGCAUGCUAAAACGUCUUGUGGUUGCAAAUAGGAGAAUAACCAUAUAUCUGUAUUUAUAUCACAAAAAACCACCACGCAUGUUUUUUCCUGAACCUGAGAAAUGGGAUCCAGGCGUGACACACAAAAGAAAAACAUACUCAAAUGUAAAAGAUCAUGUUUUACAUUUCAUCCUUUGAGAACUUUUUUCUUUUUUUUGCUUUAAAUGCACAUUUUCAUGCUGAAAGAAACAGUUGGCAGUGUCAGCACCAGCAGACAUCUGCAGUCGAACUUAAAAAAGUACCAUACUUUCACGUCAGUAACUGCUGAUUAAAGACUGUUGAAUUUGAAGAUUUUAUGUCAAGUGAAAGGAAUUUUGAUUUUAAAGUUUAUAUAUGUGGAAACUAUGUAUGUGGGAAAAACAAACAAGCCAGAAGCACCGAGGCUUCAUCAACCAACUGUAUCGUUUUAUUAUCACUGCGGCGCCUAAUAGCUGUCAAUUCAGUUUGUUUACAAGUGGGCCUCAAAUCCAGUUUCAUGGUACGCCUAGCCUUUUGCUAGGUUACAGUACUGCAACUUAAAAAAAAUUAAAAAGUUCAUUUGGUAAUGUGUGAGUGACCUCAUGAAUAAAACAAAGUAGUAUUAUUUACGACACUAAAGCAUCUCCAUGUAAAUUAAAGUCAAAAUCUACCUGAAUGGAUUCUUCAAGAAUAUUUCUCUGCUGGCACUUAACGUUUAAAAAAAGAUUAGAGAGUCUAAAGUAAGACCGUUUCAGAGCUAUCGAGCUGCUUCGGCUGAUUUUUUUUUGUUUUUUUUUGUUUCAAUGAUAAAAAUGUAUGUAGUCUGUAACAAAAGUAUUGGAUGAGCCGUAAAACUCAUGAUUUCUUUGUUAUGGUCAGAAGAUGAGUGAAACUAAACUCUUGUUCUAUAUUUGCAUACAUGUCAAAAAGAAAGCUUGACUUGUACAAACAUUUUCUGAGGGCGGAGCUGCUCUGGUCGAAUUAAAUCACAGUGGACACAGAGCAUAAGAACUGCAGUUUAACUUUGUCUUUUUCUUUUGUUCUGACUAAAUAAUGUUGGACUGAAACUGAGCGGAAAAGUCGGGCCUAAGAGUGACGCUAAUGCUCUGUUGAAAUGCACUCAAGCCAUAAUCAGUCUGUUGCACCUCUGACCACACCCAACAGUAAUGUCAUGGCGUACUGACACAUCCUGUAGUACACGUCUACAUCACUGCAGCCAGAUUAGAAGUUAAACCACUGGAGGUCAGCAAAAAACAAGAUUUUCAGACUUUAAAAUGCUCUUUUAGACUUCAGAUUACUCUGUAAUUAUAUAAGGAAGAUAGCUAGCCUACUGACAUGAGAUGAAAAAUGUGUUCAUGAUUUAUUGAGAAAAAUACGAAGUUCUUGAUAUUCUUCAGAUGUUUUCUUUAAAGAACUAUGUAAUUUGGUACUAACUGUAGGUAAUUAUAGAAAAUGUUCAAUAUAGGGACAGCAAAAUAUUAUUUCUGUCAUAUAAUGUUUAUUAUUUUUAUAAUUAAAUAUUUAGUCUGGACCAACAGACCAAAACCAAGAGAUAUUACGUUAACAAUGAAGAAAUGAUGAAGAAAAACUGCAAAUCCUCAUAUUUUUGUAGAAGCUGUAACAGUCAAAUGUUUAGUAUGUGGCCUUGAUAAAUUAGUGAAUAAAAUGACUUCAGUUGAUCGUUAAUUGAUUAAUCAUUUGACACACACUAAUCAUUGCAUCCCUUGUGUUAAAUGCAUUCACUUCCAACUAAUCAAUUCCAAUUAACUGCUAAGAUAGCAUAACUGAGAGUCUUAAAACUAGUACAGAACAGGUCAGAUGAACAUAAUGUCAAAUUUGUCUCCAUCCAAGCAUGAAAUACAGCAUCAGUGAAAAAGAGUUUCCAAUAAUAAAUGAAUGAUGAAGUAUAAGCGUCCUUUUAAAUUUCACACAUUAAACUAAAAUAAUUGUCUCUACUUUCAGUAGAAUUGGUGCAAAGUUAUACAGCUCUUUACAGGAAACUUUCAAGUGGAUAUCAGGAGAGAACUGACCUGCAAAGAUCAAACAAAUUUACGUUUGAGAAAUUAAAUUUUUGAUCCGAGUUCUCACUGCUGCUCACACCCAAAGAACUGUUUUUGUUGGUUUUGUUGACAGAGAUUUAACUCAUCUGAUGACGUUUGGGGGGGGAAAAAAAUAAAAUAAAAAAAGUUUAUGACCAAAACUUCAAUACAGAAAUGACAGUUUUUGCGUUCAUAAAUUUCACCUGAGCAGACGUUGAACGUGAGGUAAAGACUCUGUCCCAGUACUCCUCACACUCGCUGUGUACACCCGUCUGUCAGGCGUUUUAUCAAAUGCACUUGCUUCUACAGUAGUUGGGAUGGGACUUGUAAUCCGAGGUGCCUGCCGGGACUUGACUUAACUGUAGAUAGUCUUUUGGGGAGGGAGGGGCGGGGGGCGAUAUUAAGGGCACUGGAAACCUUACUGGGAUUAGUUGUAUGAAAAAGCUUCUGCUGAGUUCUUUGUGCAACCUGUCUGUUUGUGCCUUUUUCUUGAUAUACAAGAUUUGAUGUGCAGCUUUCGUUUAGUCAGGAAUCCGUUGUAAUCGCAGUAUAUGCUCUUAAAAAUGAACACAAUCAAGUCUGGGGGUGGGAGGGAUCACGGGUGGGUACCUUAUCCUUUCAGUUAUGUAAAUUUUAAAGACUUGUUGCCACAGCCGUGUGAUUUGUGACUGUAUUGAAAAGAUGAAAAGCAAACAUUUAUAUUUUUUGCGUUACCCUUUAUCCUUGAGCCUAAUUUUUUUCCCUUCUUUUUUGAUGUUUUUGUGCAGAUAUUUUUAUUGUAUAAUGAAUGUUAUGUUUCUAUCAGACACUAAUCUUGUUUGAGUUGUCUCCAGUGGAACUACUUCACUCUGUAUGUUUCGAUCAGUAUAAACCUUUAAUUGUGUAGUUAACAUUUCUGAAAGAUUAAAAAAAAAAAAAAAAAAAAAAAAAAAAAAAAAAAAAGAGAGAUCCUUGGUUAUAUUCUAAAGGUUCCUGUUCGACCUGCCAUAGAAAUUGUUUGAAUUGAUUGGUCAGUAUUAUUUUGCUGUCGUGUGAAGGAUUUGACUUGAACGAAGCAUUUCUUUGCUAUUAUUAAAGACUGACUGCCACUUUGAAAAAAUCUGUUUUUUAAUGUUUUUUUUUUCUUUUUGCAACUCUGCCAUGACAUUUAAAUAGACGUUCAUUAAAAACACUGUACCUUCA